AUGACGAAUUUGUUAAAGUGCAAUAAGUGUAAUAUUAUUAUCGAUGAACUUUUAUCGUAUUUACAAAAUAAGAUUUCUGUAGCUGAUGAAGAAACACUUGUUCGUAUUUGCACCUCCUCUUUUACGGCGGAUGACAUAAAGAACUCAAAAUCCCUUCUUUUUGACUCCAUUCCCGGGGAUAGAAGAAAAAUAUUUCGUAAAAGUAAAGGAAAGGAGGAGAGGGAUAUAGUGGAUAUUAUCAGUUUGUUAAAAUCUGUUGAUCCUGACGUUGUUCCAGUGUUUGUGGCCAGACAACUGGAAAAAUUACCACCGAUCUUGUUCGAUCAUUUAGACUGUACUAAAAUUUUAAAGGACAUAUUAGUGCUAAAAAAUGAAGUAGAAGAUAUUAAAAAUUCGUAUGCUAAGAAGGAGGAUAUGCAGGAUAUAAAAAACGAGCUCCUGAGACAUAGAUAUGAUACCUUACCACCGGCAUCGGCGUUCAAAGUCAACACAAAACGUGGUGCCUGGAUGGAUAGCGGGCCUAUGGGUUUAUCACACGAUGGGCAUUGUACUUUUAUAGAAGAUUCAUAUACAAAAAAUAGUAAUAAAUCCUUAAAUGAUAUGCAACUUUCGGAUGAAAUAAGGAGGGUAAACGAAGAAAUAUCAAGUAACCGGCAACGGUCCGAUGAAUGCAGCGACCGCUGCGCGGGGGGCGACUUGCUGGCGCAAGCGAUGAGUCAGGAGGCGACGGGCCGUGCCUCCUCGCCUAGCGAGACUAUCAAUGCGGUGACGUCACCCGGGCGUAGUAGUACGGUGCCGCGUUCGCCGAUAGGGAAACAGCUGAUUAAUACCGAUACAACAAAUAGCGUAAACGAUGAAAGACCGCUGAGCGCGCGCGAAACAACAACAACGACUAGUCAAAACAAAGACAAUGAAGAAUGGAAAACAGUGGUGAAUCGCAAAAGACAGAUUAAGUAUCGGUUUCUUGGAAAAACUGGUGUAGCUCGAGACUUGACGUGCAGUUUCUGUGCCGCGGAACGAAAAAUACCAAUGUUUAUCACUAAUGUGCAUAUAUCAGCGUCAGAGGAUGACAUAGUUAAACAUAUUUUUAAUAAUACGCAGGAAACAGUAGUUCUUGAGAAAAUAAUGAUGAAGUCUAAUAGAGGGCACAAAGCAUACAAGUUCUUGAUAUCAGAGCAUAAUCUAUCGAAGUACAUGGAUGAAAAACUGUGGCCUGUGGGUGUAAUUUUCCGUCGUUUCGUACAUUUUAAAAACAGAAAAACGAUUAGUGCUUAUAACGACACUGUGUACGGCUCGAGCAAAACUCAUAAUGGAUAG